AUGUUGCUCAAUAUCACGUCGAGGCCGUUCUUGGCUUCUACAAUUAGAACCUAUGCAAGAUACAACUCCGGAGCAGCAACAGCAACAGUGGCAACUGGAGGCAAGCCGCCAACGGGAAUUGUGUUUAUGAACAUGGGAGGCCCGUCAACAACUGAAGAAACGUAUGACUUUCUAUUACGUCUAUUCCAAGAUGGCGAUCUCAUCCCAUUUGGAAUUUUCCAAAAACCCUUGGGUCAAUUUAUUGCCAAGCGACGCACACCCAAGAUAGAGGAACACUAUAGAGAGAUUGGUGGAGGAUCACCAAUCAAGAAAUGGUCGCAGUACCAGUGUCAAAAAGUCUGCGAGAUUUUGGACAAGACCAACCCGGAAACUGCGCCGCAUAAACCUUAUGUGGCGUUCAGAUACGCCAAACCACUCACUGAGGACGCGUUGAAUGAAAUGAAAAAGGAUGGAGUCGAGCGAGCAGUGGCGUUUUCGCAGUAUCCGCAGUUUUCGUACUCCACGACGGGCUCCUCGAUUAAUGAGUUGUAUAGACAAACGUUGAAGCACGACCCCGAGAGGAGCAUUGAAUGGUCCAUCAUUGACAGAUGGCCGCAACAGACUGGGUUGGUGCGGGCGUUCGGCAGCAACAUCAAGGAGAAAUUGGCCGAGUUCCCACCGGAGAUCAGGGACGAAGUGAUUAUCUUGUUCUCGGCACACUCGUUACCCAUGGACAUUGUCAAUUUGGGUGACUCUUACCCUGCUGAAGUAGCCGCCACGGUUUACAAAGUGAUGGAGUCGUUGCAAUUUUCCAAUCCGUAUAGAUUAGUCUGGCAAUCUCAAGUUGGUCCCAAGCCGUGGUUGGGUGGACAAACUGCCAAGAUUAUAGACAAGUUGGAAAAGAGGGACGACGUCAAGGGUCUUGUGCUCGUGCCCAUUGCGUUCACCUCGGAUCAUAUUGAAACUUUACACGAGUUGGAUAUCGAGAUCAUGGAGGAUGCCGAGCACCCUGAAAAGAUCAAAAGGGCGGAAUCUAUGAAUGGCAAUGAGUUGUUUAUUGCCGGGUUGGCUGAUCUUGUCAAGGAUCACUUGCAAAGCGGUCAAAAGUACUCGAAACAGUUGGAGUUGGAUUGCAUAUUGGGAGGUGAAAAGGCUAGUGGGACCUUCAAGCAUCCCAGUGAAAUGUUUGGGAAGCAUUAG